CGGAGGGCGGGGGCCGAGCUUAUAAAUGCCCGCGGGCCGAGCAGGAGGGAGGGAGGCGCGGAGCAACCGUCCGGCCCUGCUUGGCCUCCGCGAGCCGCCGAGAGCUGCGCCGCGCCGCGGGGAAGGCUACCACCGGAGCGGGCGCGGGCCCCGACCGUCGACACCGGCGGCGCGCGGCGAGACCCGGACCGAGGAGGAGGAGGGGAGCACGGGGGCGCUCGGGGCCCUGCCGGCCCACCGGGGUGCUGGCCGCUACGCGCGGCACGUGCGGCGACCCGCCCAGUGCGCCAUGGCGCGCCCGCUCCGGGUGCCCCGCGCCGCCCCGUAGCGCCGCGGCGGCAGAGCGACCUCCGGCGGGCCCCCCGGGCAUGGAGCCGCACGUGCUCGGCGCCGUCCUCUACUGGCUGCUGCUGCCCUUCGCGCUCCUGGCUGCCUGCCUGCUGCGCGUUAGCGCCCUCUCGCUGGUCUACCUGCUGGCCCUGCUGCUCCUGCCCUGGCUGCCGGGCCCCUCCCGCCAUGGCCUCCGAGGUCACCCUGGCCGCCUUCUCCGAGCACUGCUGGGCUUCAGCCUCGUCUUCCUGGCAGCCCACCUCACCUUUCAGAUAUGCCUGCACACCGUGCCCCGCCUGGACCGGCUUCUGGGGCCUAGCUGCAGCCCCUGGGAGACCCUCUCCCGACACAUAGGGGUCACGAGGCUCAACCUCAACGACAUCCCGACUACCAUCCAGCUGGUGGCCCCCGACCUGGGCGUCCUGGUGGUAUCCUCUAUGUGCCUCGGCCUCUGCAGGCGCCUCGCACGGGCAUCCCAGCGGGACCAGCACACCCAGGACCUGGAGGGCGAUGACAGGGAAACAGACCCCAGCCCCCCAGCAGAGCUUCAGGGAGCCCCUGCGCUGGCCUCCAACCGGAGGUCGCGGCUGGCGGCCCGGUUCCGGAUCACAGCCCACUGGCUGCUGGUGGCCGCUGGGCGGACCCUGGCCGUGGUGCUGCUUGCUCUGGCAGGCAUUGCCCACCCCUCGGCCUUCUCCAGCGCCUACUUCCUCCUCUUCUUGGCCAUCUGCACCUGGUGGGCCUGCCACUUUCCCAUCAGCCCCCUGGGCUUCAGCGCGCUCUGUGUCACCGUGGGCUGCUUUGGCGCCGGCCAUCUUGUCUGCCUCUACUGCUACCAAACACCUUACGCCCAGGUCGUGCUCCCACCCGCUGGCAUCUGGGCCAGGGUGUUUGGUCUUAAGGACUUACUGGCCCCCACCAACUGCUCCGGUGCCUCGGUGCUGGUCCUCAACACCAGCCACGACUGGCCUGUGUACGUGAGCCCUGGCAUCCUCCUGCUGCUCUGCUACGCCGUGGUCUCGCUCCUGAAGCUGCCCGAGGCGCAGGCCUUGGACCAGCCUCCACAGAAGGAGGCCGCCGGGGGCAGUGAGGAACAACAGGUGGAGCUGACCGAGCUGGACCAGUGGCCCCAGGGCGAGGCCAGGGCUGCAGCUGCCAGCGAGGAGGGGGCUGUCCAGUACAUGCUGCCCACGCCCACCAAGCCUGACGCUGAGGCUGACAACUGCAUUGUGCACGACCUGACUGACCACAGCCCUGUCCCACUGGGCGCCCUGCGCUCCAGGCCGGCUGUGCCUAAAGAGCGGUCCCCGCUACAUGGCUUGGGCCACCUCAUCAUGGACCAGAGCUACGUGUGUGCCCUCAUCGCCAUGAUGGUGUGGAGCAUCACCUACCACAGCUGGCUCACCUUCGUGCUGCUGCUCUGGGCCUGCCUCAUCUGGACCGUGCGCAGCCGCCACCAGCUGGCCAUGCUCUGCUCGCCCUUCAUCCUGCUGUAUGGGCUGGCGCUCUGCGGCCUGCGCUACGUGUGGGCCAUGGACCUGAGCUCCGAGCUGCCCACCACCCUGGGCCCUGUCAGCCUGCGCCAGUUGGGGCUGGAGCACACCCGCUACCCCUGCCUGGACCUUGGGGCCAUGCUGCUGUACACCCUGACCUUCUGGCUCCUGCUGCGCCAGUUUGUGAAGGAGAAGCUGCUGAGGAAGGCGGGGGCCCCCGCUGCGCUGACGGAGGUCACCGUGGCAGGCGCGGAGCCCACGCGGACGCAGACGCUGCUGCAGAGCCUGGGGAGGCUGGUCGCCGGCCUGCACGCCAAGUACUGGAUCUACGUGUGCGCCGGCAUGUUCGUCGUGGUCAGCUUUGCCGGCCGCCUCGUUGUCUACAAGAUCGUCUACAUGCUUCUCUUCCUGCUCUGCCUCACCCUCUUCCAGGUCUACUACAGCCUCUGGCGGAAGCUGCUCAAGGCCUUCUGGUGGCUGGUGGUGGCCUACACCAUGCUGGUGCUCGUCGCCGUCUACACCUUCCAGUUUCAGGACUUCCCCGUGUACUGGCGCAACCUGACGGGCCUCACCGACGAGCAGCUGGGGGACCUGGGCCUGGAGCAGUUCAGCGUGUCCGAGCUCUUCUCCAGCAUCUUCAUCCCCGGCUUCUUCCUGCUCGCCUGCAUCCUGCAGCUCCACUACUUCCACCAGCCCUUCAUGCAGCUCACGGACCUGGAGCGCAGCCCCCGCGCCCGCCCCCCGCGCUGGGCUCCCAGGCAGGACGUGGUGAGCGGGACCCCACUGCUGCGGCAGGAAGAGGAGGAGGACCCCAGGGUGGAGAAGCUGAGCUCGGCUGGCCCCAGCCAGGCCACUCAGGUCCUGGAGAUUGCAGCCAACAACUGGGGCCUGGUGGCCGAGCGGCUGCUGGACCUGGCUGCCACCUUCUCCGACGUCCUUGGCCGCGUGCAGACCCUGGUGGGGCGCCUGCUGGAGCUGCAUAUCUUCAAGCUGGUGGCCCUGUACACUGUCUGGGUGGCCCUGAGAGAGGUGUCGGUGAUGAACCUGCUGCUCCUGGUGCUGUGGGCCUUCGCCCUGCCCUAUCCCCGCUUCCGGCCCAUGGCCUCCUGCCUGUCCACUGUGUGGACCUGCAUCAUCAUCGUGUGCAAGAUGCUCUACCAGCUCAAGGUUGUGAGCCCCCACGAGUACUCCAGCAACUGCACAAAGCCCUUCCCCAACAGCACCAACCUGCAGAGGACAGAGAUCAACCAGUCUUUGCUGUACCGGGGGCCCAUUGACCCCGCCAACUGGUUUGGGGUGAGGAAGGGCUUCCCCAACCUGGGCUACAUCCAGAACCACCUGCAGAUCCUGCUGCUGCUGGUAUUUGAGGCCAUCGUGUACCGGCGCCAGGAGCACCAGCGCCGGUUGCACCAGAUGGCCCCCCUGCCCGCCCAGGCUGUCUGCGCCAGCGGCACCCGCCAGCAGCUGGACCGGGACCUGCUCGGGUGCCUCCGGUACUUCAUCAACUUCUUCUUCUACAAAUUUGGGCUGGAGAUCUGCUUCCUGAUGGCCGUGAAUGUGAUCGGGCAGCGCAUGAACUUCAUGGUCAUCCUGCACGGCUGCUGGCUGGUGGCCCUCCUCACCCGCCGGCGCCGCAGGGCCAUCGCCCGCCUGUGGCCCAGCUACUGCCUCUUCCUGGCGCUCUUCCUGCUGUACCAGUACCUGCUGUGUUUGGGCAUCCCCCCGGCCCUGUGCGUCGACUACCCGUGGCGCUGGAGCCAGGCCAUCCCCAUGAAUUCCACCCUCAUCAAGUGGCUGUACCUGCCAGACUUUUUCAGGGUCCCCAACUCCACCAACCUCAUCAGCGACUUCCUCCUGCUGCUCUGUGCCUCCCAGCAGCGGCUGGUGUUCUUGGCUGAACACACCGAGGAGUGGCAGCACAUGGCUGGCACGAACACCGACUGCCUGGAGCUGCCACAGGGGGAGCCCAACCCCGUGCCCAACUUCAUGCACUGCAGGUCCUACCUCGACAUGCUGAAGGUGGCCGUCUUCCGCUACCUCUUCUGGGCGGUGCUGGUGCUGGUGUUCGCUGCCGGGGCCGCCCGCAUCAGCAUCUUCGGGCUGGGCUACCUGCUCGCCUGCUUCUACCUGCUGCUUUUCGGCACCACCCUGCUGCAGAAGGACACACGCGCCCGCCUUGUGCCGUGGGACUGUCUCAUCCUCUACAACGUCACUGUCAUCAUCUCCAAGAACAUGCUCUCGCUCCUGUCCUGUGUCUUCGUGGAGCAAAUGCAGAGCAGCUUCUGCUGGGUCAUCCAGCUCUUCAGCCUCGUGUGCACCGUCAAAGGCUAUUACAACCCCAGGGAGAUGCUGAGCAGGGACAAGGACUGCCUGCUGCCCGUGGAAGAGGCCGGCGUCCUCUGGGACAGCGUCUGCUUCCUGUUGCUGCUGCUGCAGCGCCGCGUCUUCCUUAGCCACUACUUCCUGUACGUCAGGGCAGAGCUCCAGGCGACCGCCCUGCAGGCCUCCAGGGGCUUUGACCUCUACAAUGCCGCAAGCCUCAAAAGCAUUGACCUCCACCGCAAGGAAGAGGAGAAGUCUCUGGCCCAGCUAAAGAGACAGAUGGAGCGCAUCCGCACAAAGCAGGAGAAGCACAGGGUGAACCGCAGCCGACCCCAGGACCCCCCGGGGCCCGGCCAGGAGCCAGGCCCUGGCAGUCCAGGGGGCUCCUCCCUGCCACGGAGACAGUGGUGGCGGCCCUGGCUGGACCAUGCCACAGUCAUCCACUCCGGGGACUACUUCCUGUUCGAGUCUGACAGUGAGGAGGAGGACGAGGCACCGCCCGAGGACCCCAGGCCAUCUGCACAGAGCGCCUUCCAGAUGGCGUAUCAGGCAUGGAUGACCAACGCUCAGACGGUGCUGAGGCAGCAGCAGGAGGAGCGGGCGGGGCAGUCGCCGGCAGGAGGCCAGGGCCAGUUGGCAGAGCCACCAGAGGACUCAAAGGACAUGGCAGGUCACAGCCACAUGAUGCAGCGUGUGCUGAGCACCGUGCAGUUUCUAUGGGUUCUGGGGCAGGCGCUGGUGGACGGGCUCACACGCUGGCUGCGCGCCUUCACGCGGCACCACCGAGCCAUCAGCGACGUGCUGCGUGCCGAGCGGUACCUGUUCACGCAGGAGCUGCUCCAGGGCAGAGAAGCGCACCGCAGUGUGCUGGACCAGCUGUACACCAGCGAGGCCGAGGCUGCACUGCCAGACUCCUCAGAGGCCCACGAUACGCCCAGCCCAGCGUCAAGGGGGCUGGGGGCUGAGGAGCCACUGAGCACCACUGGCAGCCCCCCAAGCAUGGGUCAGGGCGCCCACAGCGGCAGUGAGGAGACGGGCCCUGAGCCCAGGGCUUCCGCACACGGCUCUGGGGAACUUCGGGUCACUGCUGCCCCCCGGACACGCACAGCCAGCGAGCUGCUCCUCCACAGGUGCCUGCACAUCCCCGAGCUGGAGGAGGCCGAACAGUUCGAGGCCGAGCAGGGCCGGGCACUGCAGCUGCUGCUGGCGGGGUACCAGUGCGUGGCCGCCCACUCGGAGCUGCUCUGCUAUUUCAUCAUCGUCCUCAACCACAUGGUCACCGCCUCGGCUGUCUCCCUGGUGCUGCCCGUGCUGGUCUUCCUGUGGGCCAUGCUGUCCAUCCCGCGGCCCAGCAGGCGCUUCUGGAUGACAGCCAUCGUCUUCACCGAGGUCACGGUGGUCACCAAGUACCUGUUCCAGUUCGGCUUCUUCCCCUGGAACAGCCACACGGUGCUACGGCGCUACGAGAACAAGCCCUACUUCCCGCCCCGCAUCCUAGGCUUGGAGAAGAGCGACGGCUACAUCAAGUACGACCUGGUGCAGCUCAUGGCCCUCUUCUUCCACCGCUCCCAGCUGCUGUGCUACGGCCUCUGGAACCACGAGGAGGACCCACUCUCCAAGGAGCAGGACAAGGGUGCCAAAGAGGAGCUGGCUCCACCGGGGCCCCAGGAGCCAGAGGUGGCGGGGACCCCCAUCAAGGGGGACAUCCGGGCGGAAGCCAGGGACGGGCGGUCCCGUGACACGGGGCUUGCGCGUUUGAGUCUCCGGAGGAGGCGGAAGGAGAGCAGUGACCCCAGAGAGCCGGCAGCCUUCGAUCCCAAGGACAGGGCGGCCGUGGAGGCAGCAGCCACCAGGAGCCGGAGGUGGAGUCGCCCCCGGGAGGGAGCGAGGGCGCUCGGGGCCCGGCUGCAGAGCUGCUGCCUGACGCUGGCCCGCGGCGUGUACCGGCCUCUGCGACACUUCUUCCGCGACAUUCUGCACACCAAGUACCGGGCAGCCACGGACGUCUAUGCCCUCAUGUUCCUGGCCGACGUCGUGGACUUCAUCAUCAUCAUCUUCGGCUUCUGGGCCUUUGGGAAGCACUCGGCGGCCACGGACAUCACGUCCUCCCUGUCGGACGACCAGGUGCCCGAGGCCUUCCUGGUCAUGCUGCUGAUCCAGUUCAGCACCAUGGUGGUCGACCGCGCCCUCUACCUGCGCAAGACUGUUCUGGGCAAGCUGGCCUUCCAGGUGGUCCUGGUGCUGGCCAUCCACCUCUGGAUGUUCUUCGUCCUGCCCGCCGUCACCGAGAGGAUGUUCAGCCAGAACGCAGUGGCCCAGCUGUGGUACUUCGUCAAGUGCAUCUACUUUGCCCUGUCCGCCUACCAGAUCCGCUGUGGCUACCCCACCCGCAUCCUCGGCAACUUCCUCACCAAGAAGUACAACCACCUCAAUCUCUUCCUCUUCCAGGGGUUCCGGCUGGUGCCGUUCCUGGUGGAGCUGAGGGCUGUGAUGGACUGGGUGUGGACGGACACCACACUGUCCCUGUCCAACUGGAUGUGUGUGGAGGACAUCUAUGCCAACAUCUUCAUCAUCAAGUGCAGCCGAGAGACAGAAAAGAAAUACCCACAGCCCAAGGGGCAGAAGAAGAAGAAGAUCGUCAAGUAUGGCAUGGGCGGCCUCAUCAUCCUGUUCCUCGUGGCCAUCAUCUGGUUCCCGCUGCUCUUCAUGUCCCUGGUGCGCUCCGUGGUCGGCGUCGUCAACCAGCCCAUCGACGUCACCGUCACCCUGAAGCUGGGUGGCUAUGAGCCCCUGUUCACCAUGAGUGCCCAGCAGCCGUCCAUCAUCCCCUUCACACACCAGGCCUACGAGGAGCUAUCCAGGCAGUUUGAUCCCCACCCGCUGGCCAUGCAGUUCAUCAGCCAGUACAGCCCUGAGGACAUCGUCACGGCACAGAUCGAGGGCAGCUCCGGGGCGCUGUGGCGCAUCAGCCCGCCAAGCCGGGCCCAGAUGAAGCGGGAGCUGGACAACGGUACCGCCGCUAUCACCCUGCGCUUCACCUGGAACUUCCAGAGAGACCUGGCCAAGGGCGGCACCGUGGAGUACACCAAUGAGAAGCACACCCUGGACCUGACCCCCAACAGUACUGAGCGGAGGCAGCUGGCCAGCCUGCUCCAGGGCACCUCGGACCAGUCAGUGGUCAUCCCCCACCUCUUCCCCAAGUACAUCCGCGCUCCCAACGGGCCCGAAGCCAACCCUGUGAAGCAGCUGCAGCCCAACGAGGAGGACGACUACCUCGGCGUGCGCAUCCAGCUGCGGAGGGAGCAAGUGGGCACAGGGGCCGCCGGCUUCCUUGAGUGGUGGGUCAUAGAGCUGCAGGACUGCCGGGCGGACUGCAAUCUGCUGCCCAUGGUCAUCUUCAGCGACAAGGUCAGCCCGCCCAGCCUCGGCUUCCUGGCUGGCUACGGGAUCAUGGGGCUCUAUGUGUCCAUCGUGCUGGUCAUCGGCAAGUUCGUGCGGGGCUUCUUCAGUGAGAUCUCGCACUCGAUCAUGUUCGAGGAGCUGCCGUGCGUGGACCGCAUCCUCAAGCUCUGCCAGGACAUCUUCCUGGUGCGGGAGACGCAGGAGCUGGAGCUGGAGGAGGAGCUGUACGCCAAGCUCAUCUUCCUGUACCGCUCGCCAGAGACCAUGAUCAAGUGGACCCGUGAGAGGGAGUAGGCGGCGGCGCUCGCGGACUGCGGGGACCCACGCUCCGGUCCGAGGCCGCCUGCGGGGACACAGCCCCUGCCCGGCCCACCGGGCCCCGAUGCUGCUGCCGGAAGGAAGCUGUGGUCCCUCCUCGGCCCCGGGCCACACGCUGUCCCUUUCAACAUCCCUGCUUGGCCUGGCGUGGCCUAAGCCCUCCCUUCCCCUACAUGUACUGUACACUUUUCUAAUUAAAAUGUUUUUAUUUAUGCUAA